AAUAAUAAAGUUCUAACCAUUGUUUUCUUCGUCAACAUUACGAAACGUGUUUAGACCGAAUUUCCUCUAAAUAACAUAUUCGGUACAGGGUACAAAGUUACUUUGGAGUAAAGAAAAAUUGUUUGCAGACUAGAAGAUAGUGACUGUGAUAUUUUGAAAAUGGAAUUAACAUUGAGAACCUUACCUCAUGUUUUACACAAAACCCAGACUGUGAUUUGCCGUAGAAUCAGCCUGUGUCACACACGCCUCUUUCAAAAUCGUGUGAAUGAAAAGUCACUAGUUGCAGCUAGAUUGAGCACAAAGUCAGAUAUUGUAGCUGAGAGGACUCUGUUCCAAAUGUUGCCUGUUGUUUACUGGCAGACUGACAGACAUAUGGCAGGGCACAGUAAAUUCUCUAACAUCAAACAUCGGAAAGAGGCGCAGGACAGUAAAAAGUCAGCGCUGAUGGGACAGUAUGUCAAGCUAGCACAGUCAGCUGUAAAAAUGGGUGGGUCUACUGACCCCAAACUUAACCCCAAGCUGGCCCAGGUUAUUGAGAGUGCAAAGAAGAGCAGUCUGGGUGUUGAAACCAUAAAAAAACUACUUGAAAGAAUGAAAAAUAAAGAAUACAAAGAUAUCAUGAUAGAAGUUUGUGGACCAGCCAACUCCAUUUUCUUGGUUAUGGUAGACGCAACGAACCAAGUGAGUGCUAGGACAGAGGUGAAAGCGGCGAUGAGGAAACAUCCGUAA